CGAACAGGAAUUAAAUUUCUUAGCAAUGGAUGCAUGCAUUUUAAUGCCCAGACAACUGAACUUGAUGCUGUUACCAAGCAACCAGCAACAACAACGUCAACAACAACAUCAACAACUACAACAACAACUGCAACAACAAAAACAACGAAACAUUUUUGAAAUGGGGUUCAGCGUUUGGGCAAGAUGUCACCUUGAACCUGGUUUCACCUUCCACUCCGACGAUGGUGAGGUCAUGUUGGAGAGGUUGGAGUUGUACGGGCAGCUGGAACUUGAUGACGUAAGAAGCAGGUUCGGAGGAGUUGACACAUUGGUGAGGGUGGGUGGUCUGCUUGUGAGGCAUUGCAACUGGGUUCGAUUCCUGCGUGCGACCGAUGACGUCAGUCAGAUGAACAUGCUGGCCAGGUUGGUCAACAAUGUUCCCACUUUCGAAAUUGUUCGAAAAGUUUUUCCAAACGAUGAACUCAAAGUUUAUUUUGAGCUUAAAAAAUGCAGCAGACGUCCGUUGAAAGUUUCCACAACAGCUACAACAAUUCUCAGCUACUCCAGCAACUCUGUAAACAUCACGAACAUUUCUAAAUACUCCCUCCCGGCUUCCAACUGCUUGAAAACAUUUGAAACUCAAACAUCCUCCAAGUCGACAAAUCAGACGGCCUUCUCAAGAACUUCCAAAACAACAUGCAGUCAGGUGGAGGAGAAGAAGAAUAAGAAGAGAUGCAAGAAGUGGCUGCCGUGUGACGUGUGCGGGAAGAAGUUCGACAGGCCAUCCCUACUGCAGCGACACAUCAGAACACACACAGGUUGUGAAAAGCCGCACGUGUGUGACGUUUGCGGCAAGGCCUUCUCCACCUCCAGUUCGCUCAACACCCACCGACGCAUUCAUUCUGGCGAAAAACCCCACGUCUGUCCAGUCUGCAGUAAGAAGUUCACCGCCAGCUCCAACCUCUACUACCACCGCCUCACGCAUAAGAAGGAGAAGCCUCACAAGUGCACGGAGUGUUCCAGGUCCUUCCCAACCCCGGGCGAUUUGAAGAACCACCGGUACACACACACGGGCAGCUGGCCGUUCAUUUGUCCCAUGUGUCGGAAGGGAUUCACGAAGUCGUCCAACUUACGCAACCACAUGGCCUUCCACUUUGGUCCUGAAGCCAGGCAGUGUGACAGGUGUAGCGAGUGGACGAGUGUAACUGCAAGUGGAAGGGAGGGACUCUGUGGCAACUGUUUCUCAACUUCAGUUAACAAAUGCAACAUCAACAACA